AUGGACGAGCAGCACGUCUUCUACUUUGAGGAAGUCCCGCUCGACGAGAAUGAAGAGGACGACGCUGCCAAGGAGGCCACCGCGAGCUACAAGCGCGUCGACUGUGCGGCCAGCGGCGACGUCCCGGCCAAGCGUGGCGGCGCGACACUCUCGUUGGUGGAGGCCCAUGGCGAGAAGCUGCUCUACUUGAUCGGCGGUGCGAACCGAGAAGCGCGCAUGUUCAACGACGUACACGUUUACAAUGUUGGCACCGGGUCAUGGAGCCAAGUGCAUGUGGCCAACAGCGCGGCCUUCCAAGCCCGCAGCGGCCACUCGGCAGUGGUCCUCGGCACCCGCAUAUUCGUCUUUGGCGGCCUCAACCUCCCGCUGCAAACCACGUUCAACGACGUGCACAUCUUGGACACAGCAACCAAGUCGUGGUCGGCGCCAAUCGUGCUAAAUGAUCCGCCGCGGCCGCGCAAUGCGCAUACUGCCGUGGUAACGACCAACGGCAUGGUCGUCAUUGGCGGGUCGUCCCCCACCGACGGGCCCAUGAGCGAUGUCUUCCUCCUCACGGUGCACGAGCCGACGCUGCGGUGGAUUCGAAUCGACUGCAAUGGGCCGGUCAUGGCGCCGCGCGAGCUUCACGCAGCCGUCCGCUUGUCGACCAAGCGUGAGCGCAUCUACGUGAGCGGCGGACGCCUCGAGAACGGCCAGCUCUGUUGUGAAGUGGCGACGCUGGACGUGGCGUCGUGGACGUGGCAUGUCCAAUCAAGUGGCGGCUUUCGCCGCUGCGGUCAUGUGAUUGGGCUCCUCGACACGGGCAUUGUCCAGUAUGGCGGCUGGGACGGCGGCAACGGCUUUUGCAACGACUGCUGGGAGCACCCAGUGGGCGACGAGGAGCAACUGGCGCCUGCCACGCUGGACGAAGCGCGUCACGGCGACCACGUCCUUCUCGAGGACGGCGUCGACGUUGUCCAUGACGGCGGGCGACUGGGGCACGCGGCGUGCGUCGUCGACAAUCGCCUCUUUGUGUUUGGGGGCAUGACGGUCAAAGACGACCUCGCCGAUCUCUGGCACCUGGCGCGCUGCUAA